AUGGUUCGACCAGGAACGGACUCGUUUUUAACUAACCUGAAAAAACACUACAAUCAAUUUAAGUCAAGUGAUGAAGAACGGCCGGUGGUGAAAUAUUCGAUUCCACCAAGAAACUCGAUGGCCUGGGUGGAUUUGAAAAAAGGGUCAAUAAUAACACAGGAAAGAAUGAGGAACAUAGCUUUGCCGGCGUCGGUUUGUAAGAUGUUCGCGAACGAUGCCAAGAUUCAGAAGCUGAAAAAGAAAACAGAAAAUUCUGUGAAGCCUUCGUUGAUGAAUCUCAGUUUGUCGCCUCCUUUAUUAUCCCCUCUCAUCAAUAAAAAGAUGUCACAACAACUUCCAAAAGACGAAAAAGAAAUUCUCGACGUUUUGACACGAAUCAACAAAAUCUUCGGAGUAGUCUCUAACCUUUUCAGCCUUUCAUUGUGUGCAUGUAUUGAACGCCGCGCGGUUGACAACUCGAUGUGCCUUUUCACCUACUUUCAACACUUUCCGUGGGCGCUGAUUGGAGGAAUGGUCGCUAUAGAAGAGGAAUCACUCAGUAAGCCAUUAGCACCCGGAUGCUGCUACGAUGCUUGGCGAAGUCAGUUCUUGAAUUCACUGCAAUCUAUGAUACCUCCAGCAAUAUUUCGGAAGUUUAAGCGCUGUGUGGACUACGGCGAACAUGUGGACUGGUGUAUUCAAGUGGUCUCUGGCGAAGACUUUCGAUUGGUCGUUCAAUGUAUUCAAAAUACCAGAAUGAAUCCAAUGUACUCGAUCCUAUGGACCACGAAACCGAUGGAUUUCGAUCCCAGAAAUGAACAAUUUUCGAAUGCGAGAUCAGCGUUGAUCAGACAAGUGGAAGCGGAAGUGAAGAUAUUCUGGACAUACGAGAGAAUCGGAGUGUAUCUAAAAAUGUAUCGCAAUCUCACCUCCAAUUAA